AUGUAUAGAGAAACCGCCGAAAUUGUCAUAUGCACUCUUCUGCCAGAUUCACCAACAGCUACCACCAUGAGAACUAAAAGUGGAUUGAUAUGGUUACAACCUUGGAACUCUCUGCAACAUGCAGUGGCUUUUGCAUUCUUAGCUGUUGUUUAUAGUGAUUAUAUGCUGACAUCACAAACUGAAGCUCUAUAUUGUAGUGGAAAAUUGUAUAAGCCUUUAGAUCUUCGCAAAUUCGCCAUAUCUCAGGCAGAAUAUGUGUUGGGAGAAAAUCCAUUGAAGAUGAGUUAUCUUGUAGGAUAUGGAAGUCAUUAUCCAAAAUAUGUGCAUCAUAGAGGAUCUUCCAUCCCAGUUAAUGCUACAGAGAUUGGAUGCAAGGUUGGAUUUAAAAAGUGGUAUGCCUCACCAAAACCUAACCCUAAUGUACCACUUGGAGCUUUAGUGGGUGGACCCUUCUUCAAUGAGACGUAUAAUGAUUUAAGGAACAAUUCAAUGCAAGCUGAACCAACCACUUAUAAUAGUGCACUCUUUGUUGCUCUCCUCUCUGGUUUGGUUGCCACUUCUUCUGUAGUUACGUCUUUCUAG